AUGCCUGUCAAAGAUAACCUCAAAGGAUGGCAUUGGAGGGAGAGAAUCGCUAACUUUGAGCCAUCAUGGUUCACCAUUGUCAUGAGCACUGGUGUCUUGCAGCAAUGCUUUGUUAAUUUUCCAUACCCUAUCACUGGUGCAGCACGAUGGCUCCGCGACAUUGGCUUCUGUCUCUGGAUUCUGGAGAUCGUACUGUUCGGCUUCUUCACUGGGAUGUUGGCCUGGCGUUACAUUACGCAUCCUGUGUUGCUGAAGAAGAACAUGAUGGAGUUCCCAACGAGCUCGUUCCUGGGAGCUAUCCCGAUUUCCUUCAACACUAUCAUUCAAGGCAUCAUAUCGUACUAUGAUUAUCGGACUUCCGCAAGAUGGGCAACAUUCGCUCUAUACUGGGUUGCACUUGUCAUGUCCCUGGCCAUAUCGUUUGGUCUUGUCAUCUACCAGAUGAGCCAUGCGAAGCCCCAGAAGUUGUCUGACGUGGCGGGAGUCUGGGUCAUGACUACUGUGCCUCUGUUCGUCACGGCAUCGACCGCUAGUUCCAUUGUGCCUUUUGUGUACAUGGAGAGUACAAAAUGCGCCAUAGCAUUACUCGUCACAGGAUUCAUGGCGUGGUCUUUUGCUAUCGCCGAAGUCACCAUGAUCAUCACCAUAUACUUCUUCCGCUUAAUCGCAGACAAGACACCACCAGCGCCUCUGAUGGUCGGAAGUUUCCUUCCUGUGGCGGCUCUCAGUCAAGGAGCAUUUGCGAUCCAGAGAUUCAGCAUUUUCCUGGCCACAUACAUCAAGAAUGGUUAUGCACCAACGCAGGUGAACCCACCACCACUUUCUCAGGCCACACUUCUCGCAACUUCCGAGGUGAUCCAUUGGAUGGGCAUUAUCCUGCACCUCUUCCUCAUCGCCCAUGCCACAUUCUGGCUGGUGCAGGGUACAAUGAGCAUACUCAUGUCGCUGCCAAAACUUCAGUUCAACAUCGCGUACUGGAGUGCAGUGUUCCCAAUCGCAUCGUAUGCAAAUGCAUGGUGUUUCCUUUCUCGCGACCUACGCGAUGACGGCAUGAGAGGAUGGGCAGCGACAAUGGUCGUGAUUGCGACCAUUCUGUGGCUCUUCUGUGCUCUGGAGACAGUUUACAGAGGGUUCUGGCAGGGCAGCUUGUUCUCUGCUCCUGGACUCGAGGACUGGCUGGGUGAUGGAGAGCAAGAGCAGGAUGAGAAGAGCAGAGGUGGAAGGAAAGACGCAUGGAAUGGAAGCUACACCAUGCCCCAACCAGGAUCUCAAGAUGAAGAGAGCGGUCAGGCUAAUGGCCACCAAAGCAAUGAAGGUGACUCCAGGAGGAGAAACUGA